AUGAAUAUACUUAGGAUGACGUCGAAACAUCACUGCAACUUUUGUCGAGAACAGAUGGUAAGAUUUUGUUUCAUUAGUGAGGAGUGCAAUAGCGAUGGGCGACGCGAGGGUGUACGAGUGCCAAUAAUACUUGUCAAAGUGGCACGAAGAGACGUAAGAUAUCAGAUAUGGGAUGUAAAAUGUUUAAAAGACGGACAAAGGACCUUUUUGAAAAAUUUAGACAGCAAAGGUGCAAUAACAAUAAACAGAGAUGACAAAGGUCGAACAGAGGUAAUGGUGAAUGGAUCGAGGGUAAUGCAGGUGAAGAAUUUGUUGCGAUCGAGGGAGAUAGAAUAUGAAGUGCUUACCAACGACAUCUUUUCUACCCAAUACGCAAUGGGGAUGUUGCCAAAGCGUGUGCGCAGCCCCGAUCCUAAGCGAAACCGAAUACAAUUACCCAUCGGCAACUCUCGGGUAUUAGAUUGGACAGAUUUUUACCCUCUUCCCACAAUUUAUAAUUUUUUGGAUGAAUUAGAAAAAACCUUUCCUUCAACUUGCACCGUAUCUAUUAUUGGAAAAACAGUUGAAGGCCUUGAUAUAAAGUUACUAAAAAUAUCUAAUAGCAAUGCAAAUAACACUGGAGUGUGGUUAGAUGCUGCAACCCACGCAAGAGAGUGGAUUGGCACAUCAGUUGUAACAUUCAUAGCUAAUUACAUAGCCAGGAAAUUUUCAACGUUACCGGAAUAUAUCACUAACAAAGAUUGGUAUUUCCUGCCAGUGGUUAAUCCGGAUGGCUUUCAGUAUUCACAUUUGCACGACAGAAUGUGGCGCAAAAAUAGAGCUUGCUAUGGAAGGACCGUUACGGGCGUCGAUUUGAAUCGUAAUUUUGGUUAUUGUUGGGAAAAUACUGGUGCUGAGUCCGCAGCCAUCGACCCGUACAGUAUAAAUUACCGAGGUCCAUCUGCUUUUUCUGAACCAGAAACAACUGCUAUUAAGGACAUCAUUCUGUACUCCGGCACUCCAUUCAAAGUCUUCUUGACAUAUCAUGCAUGUAGUGAAGUUAUUGCUUUUCCUUGGUGUAACACGUCUGAUCCAUGUCCUGAUUACGUUAAUUUAUUAGAAGGGGGAACGACUAUGGCUAAGGCUAUGUACGAGACCAAUGGUCGCAUGUACAAAGUUGGAAACUUCAAAGACAUCAUGUACCAUGCUUGUGGGACAAGCAUUGAUUGGAGUUAUGGAACAGCUCAUAUCCCCUUUUCGUAUCUUGUGGAAUUAAGGAGUAAACAAGACCGUUUCUUAUUGCCCAAGGGUGAAAUUUUAGAUUGUUGUAAAGAAGCACUAAACGGUGUUAUUGCUUUAAUGGAAUUUGUUGAUCGAAAGAAAUGUCUAAACUGUACCAUAAUUACUAAAGCUCUUCGGCAAUAA